UGGUGGAAAUGUUGUACACGGGGAGGGUCGACAUUCAGAUGACAUUGACGCUAUGUAGAUGAGAGCGGGGAUUUGUGCUACAUGUAACGUCUCUGGUUGUUGACGUUAGACGGUGGCACAAGGCAAAGCUGCUCAUUUCUCGUGUUGUUUCCCCCCUCCUUCAGCACCACACUUUUCUGGACAGCACCACGCAACGAGGCAUUUGCCUGCCUUUUCCCCCAGGAUAGCAGUUUUGUUCCAUUUUUUUAAUGGAAAUAACUUUCUUUUGUUUGUUCCGGUAAAAUUGCAAGUGCGUAACUUCAAGAGGAAUCUACAGAUGCUUCCAUCUGCACAUUCUGGCAGGCAUAACAGUUUUUGUUAACGUCAUUCCUAACCGGAAAAUUAUAUCCGCUCCCACCAUUUUUACCCCCAAAAUUUGGUCCCAAGCUUGGGUAAAGAACCGCGAAGCUGCUGUCUACGUGGACUGGUGCUGAAAUCUCCCGUCCGCCUGCCAGGACCUCUGCGAAACCCAGAGACAUGGCGACAAAUGGAACAAAAGCUUCGGAUGGACAUGUUUUGACAGAACUGAACGAAGCGCCUACUACCAAUGACAAACCCAAAACCUUGGUUGUGAAAGUGCAGAAGAAGAAAAAGGAAAUUCCUGACAGAGAAACGUGGGGAGGAAAAUUUGACUUUCUUCUGUCAUGUGUUGGCUACGCAAUUGGACUGGGAAAUGUGUGGAGAUUUCCUUACCUUUGUGGGAAAAACGGUGGAGGGGCGUUCUUGAUUCCCUAUUUUUUGACCCUCAUAUUUGCGGGAGUUCCCUUGUUUCUGCUCGAAUGUUCCCUCGGUCAAUACACAUCGAUUGGUGGUCUUGGAGUCUGGAAACUCGCACCAAUGUUCAAAGGUGUUGGCCUGGCUGCUGCAGUCCUUUCAUUCUGGCUUAACAUCUACUACAUUGUAAUAAUUUCUUGGGCCAUCUAUUACCUGUACAACUCCUUUACCACAGAUCUUCCAUGGAAAUCUUGUAACAAUGAUUGGAAUACAGAUAAAUGCUAUACAAACUACUCCAUUGUAAAUACAACCAAUCUCACCAGUGCAGUUGUGGAAUUCUGGGAACGCAACAUGCACCAGAUGACUGAUGGUCUGGAAAAGCCAGGCCAGAUCCGAUUGCCACUAGCAAUAACACUGGCCAUUGCAUGGGUCCUGGUCUACUUCUGUAUCUGGAAAGGUGUUAGUUGGACCGGAAAGGUUGUUUACUUCUCAGCCACAUACCCCUAUUUUAUGCUUUUUAUUUUGUUCAUCCGUGGAGUAACCCUUCCUGGAGCCACAGACGGAAUACUGUUUUACGUCACUCCUGAAUUCAGCAAACUUAAAGAAUCAGAGGUCUGGCUGGAUGCAGCAACACAGAUCUUCUUCUCCUAUGGUUUGGGUCUUGGGUCACUGAUUGCACUUGGGAGCUACAACUCUUUCAAUAACAAUGUUUACAGAGACUCCAUCAUUGUGUGCUGCAUCAACUCCUUCACCAGCAUGUUCGCUGGCUUCGUCAUCUUCUCCAUCGUGGGCUUCAUGGCCCACGUGACCAAGAGGCCCAUCGCUGAUGUGGCAGCCUCAGGCCCAGGAUUGGCUUUCUUGGCCUACCCCGAGGCUGUGACACAGCUGCCCAUAUCUCCGCUCUGGGCUAUUCUCUUCUUCUCCAUGCUACUGAUGCUGGGGAUCGACAGUCAGUUCUGCACCGUGGAAGGGUUCAUCACUGCGUUAGUGGACGAGUUUCCCCAACUGCUCAGGGGGAGGCGAGAGCUCUUCAUCGCUGGCGUCUGUUUUGUGUCAUAUAUAAUCGGUCUGUCCAACAUCACACAGGGAGGGAUCUACGUGUUCAAACUCUUUGACUACUACUCGGCUAGUGGAAUGUGCUUGCUUUUCCUUGUGUUCUUCGAGUGCACCUCCAUAUCAUGGUUCUACGGUGUGAACAAGUUUUAUGACAACAUCCAGGAAAUGAUUGGAUACAAGCCCUGUCUGUGGUGGAAACUGUGUUGGGUUGUCUUCACUCCUCUAAUUGUUGCUGGUGUGUUCCUGUUCAGUGCAAUUCAAAUGGUUCCCCUAACCUUGAACAACUACGUGUUCCCAAAAUGGGGGCAAGGAGUGGGCUGGUGCAUGGCUUUGUCCUCUAUGCUCCUCAUUCCUGGGUACAUGGUUUACAUGUUCCUCACACUAAAGGGCUCCUACAAAGAGCGUCUUCGGAUAAUGAUUCAGCCAGCAGCAGUUGUCAAAGCCCAGGAGAACGGACCAGAGCAGCAGACUGAGAAUCCCAACCCUGCCAAUGAGGAGGCUUACAUCUAAACCCUGUUUCAUAGGCCAACUUUCAUGCAGAAAUUGUAAUCAUGGUUGAACAUGACCAAGGACUUCCAUGUCUAAUAUAUAAUCACCUACCUCCAGGGGCAAAAUGUGACCAACCUGAUUACAAUUGUUUGAGUUUUAUUUUUCAUUUGGAAAAAAAAAGACAAACUACCCAGCAAUGUCCUAGUGAUAGUUUGUAUUUCAUAUGCAAAAUGUUAGUCUUUCUAAAAUGUUGAAUUAUAACCACAAAACCACUGUAAUUUGAAAUAUAAUUUGAAUUUGGAGGCCCAAUGUGAUUCAAAACUACUGUGCUAACUUUUCAAAUAUUUACAUGUAAUUAAACUAUUAAAAUAUUAUUGUGAAAAUAAUAGAAUAGAUUAAGUUUGAUUGUAUUUUAAAGAAAUACAGAAAGAUGAAUUUCAUGUAUUAAAGCAAGUUAAUGCAAUGCGAAAAUUGCAUAAUGGAAUUGAAUAAUUUUGAUCAUGAUCAUUACGGGAAUGUGCAACAGGCAAGGCCAAAUUUCAUUGUGAUGUUUUGUAGCCAGACUAUCACACUAUUUCAAGAUACUGCAGUUUGCAUUGCAAACAAUUUGUUGUUUUUUCCAUUCAUUCCUGGGUGACCAAGCACAAGGCCAGUGUGAAUUUGAAAUUAUAGGAGCCCUUGGGGUGAUAAUGUACCUGUCACAAAACCAGAUUAACAUCAAGAGAGACUGUUACAAUUUUAUGUUUGUUUUCUAAGAAAGAAAAAAACUUUGUAUGUAAUUGAAUUUUUUUUAAAGAAUUUUUUUAGUAAGUUUUCUAUGUAAAAGUUAGUGAGAAGGACCAAAAUCAUACUCAUAUGAAAGCAUUUAGCUAUGCUGUGCAGCAUUCCGGAUCUGACCAGAUUAAUUUUAGCGGCUCACCACGUCACUGCGAAGCACAGGGUACAAAGUCUUAUCACAAAAGCAACAUUCGAGCAGUGACAAUCCACAGUAUAUACAUACAGUAUAAUCCUGCUUAUUUCAUUAGAGUGCCACUCCUCAGGAACAAUGGUGGAAGUGACCAAAAUUUCUCCAGAAACUAAUAGAGUUGAGAGCUGUGAAGGCCUUCAGCCAGUAACCAAUCAAAUUAGUUUAAGCCAUAGUCUCGUCUGUAUGACUGUGCAGGUUUCCAAUACUUCAGCUUAAGCUAGAAAUACCUUAGAUGAACCAGCAAACUUUGUGAACAAUGACAGGCCAAUUAAACUAAAACUAUAUUUUGAUUUUUAAUUUUUAUAGAAAGCAUAUUAAUAAUGGAGUUGUUUGGCAAUAAAUAUAGAUAUAUAGAUGAAUAUAUACGUAGGCCUAUAUGAGAGAGUUAACGGUUUUUCGUUUUUCCCUGUUUAUUUACUUCACCAGUUAAAAGCACAAAGCUUUAAUUCCAACUAUUGCCAUUGUAUUUAAAUAAGGAAAAUGUUAGUUUGCUUCUAUGGCAGCUACAAGUGACAGGGAUCUGGUUACAGUAGUCAUUUUUCUCUGCAAAGAUAUAUAACUAAAAUGUGCAAUGAAUAAGCGUUCCGUGAAUUUUGUAUAAAGUUACCAUACUGCAGUUUUCUCUCUUAAACGAUGUUGUAAAACUGUACUGUGUAAAACAUGUAACUGUGAAUGUCCGUAUGACCUUUGAAGUUUAUGUCUAAAUGUUGAAAAAAUCUUAUAUUAUUUGCUGUUUUCUGCAAUAAUAUGUUGAUCUCAGAAACUUAAGCACAUAUCUUUCUGAAAUGUAAAAAAUUAAUAACAAUAAUAAUAAUAGAUACUAUGUCUAGUUAAAAAAUAUUGUUUUGUAUAUUUCUAACUGUUUCAUGGGCCUAAUGUACAAUAUUAUAUGUAAAAAAUAUAAUAAAUGUCUCUAGAUGGUGUUAUAUGAAAAAAGCAUGAUUGCCAUAUAUGUUAUCUGAAAAAAUAAAUAAAGAAUUAUAGAUUAA